AUGUCGUCCCACGAGCGAUUCGCAUCGCCAGAGCUUAUAUCUGAACCCGGCUCAUUAUCAAACGGCGCAACCCUGCCAAACAAUAUCGACACCAUGGUCAACGGUCCAGCUAGACGCCUCCCGAAUGGCACUACAACGCCCCAAAAGCGAGCAAGAGGUUUUGAGACAGUAGAUCCAACCCCGCCUACUUCCGCAAAAAGACACCAAACGGGAAUACUUGACGGUCCGCAUACUCGCAAAGACCCAUUGACCAAGGGGCAAGUGUUGCAGAGAGCCGCCAACUUGUACGACAAGCAAUAUGUUUACAAAGACUGUCCUAUAUGUCAGGGAGAGAUUCGACUUCUGCUACUUCAACCAAGCGAAAACCGAUUCGCCGACAUCGUUGUCGAACUGAGAUCCUUCUCCAUCCAAGAGAUAAUGGACAACCCCGACGAGUUCAAGUUCACAGCUCUGUCGUAUAAUUGGGGAAGAGAGGAAGAAAGCAAAAUCGUCCUCAUAGAUACGUGUAACGACAAGGACCUGGUACCCGUGCCGUCCAUGAAUGAGUUUGCAGAAGUUGUGACUCACUUCAAUCGAAAAUUGAAGCGACUAAGCGUCAAACCAAACUUGUAUGCCUUUUUGCAAGAAUUUCGACAGCAACACAAACCCGUAGCCCUUUGGGUGGAUCGCAUAUGUAUCAACCAGGAGGACAACAAGGAAAAGCAAGAUCAAGUCGCAAUCAUGGGUCAGAUCUACUCCACCGCAGCCAACGUCGCCAUUUGGCUAGGACCAGCAGAUGAGGAUGGCAAGACUGACAGAGCAAUGGACUUCAUCAGUUUCGUACUCCAAGACGAAACUGGUGAGAAGUUCAAAGCCAAGUAUGCGACGAAUUGGUCUGAGCUCCUGUACUUGAUGCGGCGUCGAUGGUUCUCCCGUCGAUGGAUCAUCCAAGAAUUGGCUCUGGCAAAAAGUGCUGAAGUCCGAUGCGGCUCAAAGAAGAGGAAUUGGAGAGACUUUUCAGACGCAGUCAGCAUCUUUGCGCUCCAAUUUGAUAGCAUUCUCAGGGAGAUCAAGCGGGAUCAAAAACUGGAGAGGUCUUUAGAAGGGAUCAAAGACAUGAAACCACUUGGUGCCCGGAUUUUGGUCGACGUUCUUUCCAACACAUUUCAACGACAGGUUGACGGAGAUAUAUAUGCUCCCCGACAAGGACUCGAGAGUCUGAUCUCGUCUCUUUCUACUUUCGAAACCUCUGACCCUCGAGAUACCAUCUACACGCUUCUCAACCUAGCCAAAGAGACUUGCACACUGCCAUCGAGUAACAGUAUGCGGAAACGUCGACUGAGCAAGCAAGAGAAGAACCUUCCCCCGGAGCCUGAUUACAGCCUCGAUUUGCUUCAAGUCUACACUAACUUCGUGAAGUGGUGCAUAGAGGAGAGCGAUUCCCUGGACAUCCUCUGUCGCCACUGGGCCCUGCCUGAGCUCAAGCAGAAGCUGGAUGAGCAUUACCCCAGACUAGUGGAAUUGCCAUCGUGGAUCAAAACGGUACAAGAAUCUGCAUAUGGUUCUCAAAACGAAGGUUUUGGUGGACGAAGAACAGGGGACAGUUUCGUCGGUGUGCCAGGAGCGCGUUGCUACAAUGCUUCCAACGGACUUUCGCCUAAAAUUUGUUUCGGCAGAGACAUGAAGCUUCCCAAGCCGAUUGAGGAUAUCUCAGCACAGAAAGCUGUCGAGGGGAAUGAGCAAUUCGAGUUCAUCACGUCGUCUCAACAGCGACCAUUAGCGGGCCAAAUGAACAGAAAUCUCCUCACGAGACGGAGAAACUCUGACAAUAGCCUUACACUUAUUGUCAGGGGACUGUGCAUUGGAAUCGUCUCGGAGUCCUAUCCAAUGCAUGAAGGUAUCAUUCCGAGGCAGGUUCUGAGGAGCUUAGGGCAUGACCAGAAAACAGAGUUGCAGAGCGUUUCGGAGACUGUUUGGAGAACUCUGGUAGCAGACCGUGAUGCAGACGGAAAGGCACCACCAGCUUGGUAUCACAGAGCUUGCAUGACCUGUCUUGUUUCCGAUACUAACGCCGGGAACAUUGACACAAAUGCAAUUCUUCAGCAAGACGAAGCCGCAACGAAUCUCAAGGCAGAUUAUAUGAAGAGAGUGCAGGCGGUUUGUUGGAAUAGGAGGUACAUAGAAUGCAAAGAUGAGAACGGUGCGGAUCGAAAAUUGGUAGGCAUAGCUCCUCAGGAUUCCAAAGUCGACGACUUUGUUUGCAUCCUAUUCGGAUGCUCUGUCCCUUGCAUUCUCCGCCCUUUCUGGAACGAUAGAGGCCGUGGAUCUGAUCCUGCCUACUACGAGCUGGUGGGAGAGGCGUUUUUGUUGGGACAGAUGGAUGGCGAAGCACUUGAUGGCUUAUCUGAGGAGGAGCUUGCAGGAGUUGAAUUCCGUUUGAUGUAG